AUGGCAGAAAGCAGCGAAGCGUCCGUGCCGACGCUCCCGUUAAGACCUGCGGCCUCGGCGUCCUUGACCGCACCGUCUUCCGUAGAUCCAGACUCCUCUGUGCGGUCAUGGCAGAGCGGGAUCUGUUGCGAGGCACGCUCGACGGCUGUGCCGCCGACGGUGGCGGCUGCGGCAGCCGCCCUGGUAACUGCUGCUCGUGUGGCGAAUGGUUCUACUUCCGCGGUCCGAGCAAGAGAGAGUGAGCUAGAAGCUCUCAGGCAGAAGCAGGAGCUGGCAAUGUCUCUGCUGGAGCAGCGUGGUCAGGUGACUCCGCAGCCCUCCGUUGCUUCGGUAGUUUUGCCGACAGCAUCGCUCGGCUCCGUGGACCAGGCGUCGGUCGAGGAGGCAGUCGCCAGUGCGGCCAAGGCCGCACGUGGUUACACCGGCAAGGUUUCCUGCUCCUAUGACGAGGUCGAGCGGUGUAUCGGCGAACUUCAGGAUCUGGUCAAGGCAUGUCGUGGGCCGCAGAGCCCGCAAACGGAACAGGCACAACCAUGCAGUUCUAGGUCUGUUUGA